GCUGCAGCGCCCGGGGGCGAGAGGGCGGAGCCACCUCGAAGCUAGGAGCAUGUGGGCGCCGGGGUACCGCGCCACCGCCCGCCUCCUGCCCCGCGCCGCACUCCCGGACUCAGCAGGCGCCGGCGCCUCGGCCCUGUGUCCCUCGAGGGAGCCUCCGCUCCACAGCCCCAGGUGGGUGCGCGCCGGGAGCACCACCGCCUGCACUUCCACUCGCUCCAGUUUUAAUCUUCAUGCCCUCAACAAGAAUCUGAAUGUGAAAAAGCAGACAGUCUGUUUGGUGAAUCUGAGGACAAAGGGAACUUUGAGUCACCAUAGCUGUCUAGACGAGACCACCUACGAAAGACUGGCGGAGAGGACGCUGGAUUCCUUGGCUGAGUUUUUUGAAGACCUUGCCGACAAGCCCUACACACGGGAAGACUACGACGUCUCUUUUGGGAGUGGGGUUUUAACAGUCAAGCUCGGCGGAGAUCUGGGCACCUACGUGAUCAACAAGCAGACCCCUAACAAGCAGAUCUGGUUGUCUUCACCAUCCAGUGGACCCAAGCGUUACGACUGGACUGGAAAAAGCUGGGUGUACUCCCACGAUGGGGUGUCCCUUCAUGAGCUGCUGACUGCAGAACUGACUACAGUCUUCAAAACAGAACUGGACUUAUCCUCCUUGCCCUACUCUGGGAAAGAUUCCUGAGGUCCCACCCCAUUCUGUAGACAUUAAAAUCAUCUCUCCAAGACUCCAGCA